AUGGCAUUUUCAUCCAGGGCUAUUGGGACUUUCAUCCAGGGCAAUGGCACUUUCAUCCAGGGUAAUGGCACUUUCAUCCAGGGUAAUGGCACUUUCAUUCAGGGAAAUGGCACUUUCAUCCAGGGUAAUGGCACUUUCAUCCAGGGUAAUGGGAAUUUCAUCCAGGGUAAUGGCACUUUCAUCCAGGGUAAUGGCACUUUCAUCCAGGGAGAGGAACUUUCAUCCAGGAAUCCGAUUAAGCUGAGCCUCUGCCUGGUCCUCCUGGCCGCCUGCGCCACCGCAGACACUCGCUCCCACGCCCACGGAGGAUUCGGGGGACACAGCGUAUCCAGCGGUCCCGUCUACGGCGGCAGCCAUGGCGGCUCCUUCAGUGGAGGUCAUGGCGGCUCCUUCAGCGGAGGACUUCGUCCCAGCAUUGGACACGGCGUUUCAAGCACCAACAUCCACGCCAGCUCCUUCAACGGACACGGCGUGCAUGGAGGCUUGUUCUCACGCCCACACGUCGUCUCACGCCCACAUGUCGUCUCACGCCCACACACUAUCGUCUCACGCCCACACUCUAGCUUCUCUUCAGGCUUCAGUCAUGGAGGUGCUGUCAUUGGACAUCAUGGUGCUCCUACCUAUGGAAGGCACUGAACAU